AUGUAUGAAAAGAUAAUAACAGUUGUGAAUGAAAACAAGGGUGAAUUUUUCUUUUUAUAUGGUUUUGGAGGAACAGGUAAAACUUUUAUUUGGAAUACUUUGUCUACUGCCAUAAGAUCUAAAGGAGAGAUUGUGUUAACAGUUGCUUCUAGCGGAAUUGCAUCUCUUUUGCUACCAGGUGGUAGAACAGCUCACUCAAGAUUUGUAAUUCCACUAAAUGUAACCGAAGAUUCGACAUGUAAUAUCAAGCAAGCUCUUGAUAAAAGUCUAAGAGAUAUUCUUAGCUUUAAAGAUUCAUCUAAUUCACAAAGACCUUUUGGAGGUAAAACAGUUGUUUUUGGUGGUGACUUCAGACAAAUAUUACAUGUUAAUGCAACUCUCAAUUCUUCAUAUUUAUGGUCUCAUUGUCAACUGUUGCAACUAACAAAGAAUAUGAGAUUACAAGGUACUGAAAUAGAUACAGAUCUGGAUGAGUUGAGAGAUUUUGCUAAUUGGAUUUUGGAUAUUGGUGAUGGUAGGAUUGGAAGUUCAGUUGAUGGCAUUGAAAAAGUUUCUAUACCAAAGGAUCUUCUGAUAAAUGAGUCCAUCGAUCCAAUAUCUGUUAUUGUCGAAAGUACGUAUCCAGAUUUUAUUAGUUGCUAUAAUGAUAUAGGAUACCUACAAAAAAGAGUCAUUCUUGCUCCAACUCUUGAUAUGGUGGAAUCAAUCAAUCAAUAUAUGAUUUCUCUCAAUCAAAAUCCUGAGAAAUCAUAUUUGAGUUCUGAUAAAAUUUGUGACUCUGACCAAACCUAUUCAGCAUUGGAACAUGUACAUACACCAGAAUUUUUAAAUAUUAUUAAAUGUUCUUCUGUACCAAAUCAUGCUAUCACUUUAAAGGUUGGAGUUCCGGUGAUGUUAUUAAGAAAUAUUGAAUUGUGUAAUGGAACAAGGUUAAUUGUAACUAGACUUGGAAAUCAGGUAAUUGAAGCUAAAGUUUUAUCCGGACGGAUGGUUGGACAGAAAGUGUUUAGUAAAUGA